ACGUGACAUCGAUCGUUUUGCCGGAAAUAACCCAAAACGGUAGCCGGACCUGAACUUCUUCCUGACUCCAAUCAGCUCUCGUUCGCCGCCAAAACCCUUCUCAUAACAUUGAUAGAUAGAUAGGGUUUACUAUUCUCAAUUCCUUGUAUCUUUUUUCAUCAUUUCUAACCUUGUUUGUUUCCGUUGGUAAUGAAAAGAGAACCCUUUCGACUUCCCGGUAACGUCACUUAGUGAGACUUCCAAGGGCGUUUCAAUGUUUGAAGGGCUUGUUCGCCAAUUGAUUGUUGGUUAUCUUGGUCAAUAUAUAAAGGAUAUACAAAGGGAGCAACUCAAGAUCACCUUAUGGAAUGAAGAAGUACUAUUGGAGAAUGUGGAGCUAAUUCUUGAAGCUUUUGAUUAUCUUCAGUUGCCAUUUUCUCUAAAGCAAGGUUUUGUUGGGCGGUUGAGCAUCAAAAUUCCAUGGAAGAAACUUGGUUGGGACCCAAUUAUAAUUACUUUGGAGGAUGUGUUUAUUCGUGCCAGCCAACGGGAUGACCAUGAAUGGAGUACAGAUGCCGUGGAAAGAAGAGAGUUUGCAGCCAAGAAGGCCAAACUUGCUGCGGCAGAACUUGCAAAGUUGUCAAGACGUGUUUGUGAUAAUCGAGCUGGCCAGUCAUUUGCCUCAUAUAUUACAGCUAAGAUCCUUGAUGGUAUUCAAGUCUCUAUUAGAAACGUCUGUGUCCAGUAUCACGAUAAACCCUCUGAUGAAACUCAAUCAAUUUUUGGCAUAAAGCUAUCUAGCUUGACGAUGAAGCAGAAUAUUACUGGUGGGAGAGUUAGAGGAGGCCAAGUUAGCAAAAUUCUAGAAAUUCAAGGCCUGGAAGUAUAUUGUGGCUCCGCGCAUGGAACUCUUGCUUUGAUGAGCCUUGACUUCACUGGAAAUUCAGAGCCUUUUGAAAAUUCAAAGCUUGAAGGUGAAAAGCACUAUGUUUUGCCUCCAUUCGAUGUAUCCAUGACCCUCUUGGUGAGCAGAACAGGAAGGCUUGAGAAUGACAUCCCCCAAUACUCUGUUAAGGCUGAGAUAAUUGACUUGGUUUUGGUUCUUGACGAGGUUCAGUUGCAACGAAUCUUAUCUCUGUGGGAUUAUUUGUGCACUUGUCAAUUGAGGGAGAAGUAUGGACGCUUUCGUCCGUGGAACUAUCCUUUGUCCAAGAAACACAAGGGCUGGCAGAAAACCUGGUGGCACUAUGCUCAACAAUCUGUGUUAUCAGAUGUGCAUUCUAAAUUGAAGAAAACCUCUUGGAAAUACCUAGGAGAGAGAAUGAAUUGGCGCCGCAAGUAUGUCAACUUGUACAAAAGUAAAUUAGAGUGUUUUCACGAAGAGCAGGUUAUUAGUGAUGACAUACUUAACAAGCUGGAGCAAAUGGAGAAAGAAACUGAUAUUGAUGAUAUACUGAGUUUUAGAUCUUCGGCUGAAACAGAGCUACAGGAGUUACUAAAGACUAUGAAUACCGGCUUCCAAAUAAAUGGUGCCAAUGUUUCUGAGAAAGCACAAGGCGAAGAUCGUCCAUUGACCAAAAAUCGUGGAUGGUUGAAUUGGUUGUCCCUUGGAGUGCUUGGUGCUGGAGGAACUGAUGAUUCUAGUCAGUUUUCUGGUGUGGUUUCAGAUGACGUUAUAAAGGAUAUAUUUGAGGCCACAGAGUUUCAUUAUGCACCUUCACCUGAUGGGAUUGCUAAUGGGAAUGUGCCUUUCUUUGAAGUCACAUUGGUUAUACGUCAGAUCUCUUUUAAUCUGCGUAGCAUGAAAUCUGAUGGAGCAAUUGCUGAGAUUAUCUUUGAUGGGAUGCUGAUUAAGUGUAAGCUCUCUGAAGAACAUGCUACUGUGGAUGCUUCAACCAAUUGUGCAAAGAUCGUGAACCCUAACAAGGAAUGCAUCUUACUCACAACAAAGAAUGCUGGGGAGAAAAUAAUUUCAGAUUCUGAGCUAGCUGCAAUGAAAAUUCUUGUAGAUAUUUCCUCAGAAAAUCGGGAGGCAAAGGUCAUUUUGCAACCUAUUGAAAUCAUUUAUGAUUCAGCUUUUGUUAUUGAAUUCUUGAAGUUCUAUGAUGUCCUCACGGCCUUCAAAUCUCAGCAUGAUAGGGUUCUUUUGUCAUUUGAUGGGAUUGAAGAUGCGAAGACAAGGAUAGUCUCAAAAGCUGAGUAUCUCCUAUCAAACCGCAAGUCUAUGAUGUGGAAUUUUAGUAUUGCAGAAAUCAAUAUUGCAGUGCCAUGGAUAACUUCCAAAGGGAAAUCGCAUAAAAUGGUGUUGAAUCUGGAAGCUCUGUUAAUUCAGUCUAUAGGUAACUUGAGCUCAUCAUCAAAGGUUGAAACUGUACUGGAAGACUUUAAUACCAUUGCUCCUAGCAAUAAUAUAUACACCGAAGUGCAUCCUCAAGGAUUUUAUGAACACUUUGAAAUUGAAGUAAAGAAUUUUGAGGUUAUGAUAGUACCGGAUAAUCAUUACACUGUCCCCAUCUUGGAAAAGUUAUUUGCUUCCAUUGUUCUAGCUUCCUGCAUUAUCUCAGAUAGUUGUAUGUUACAACUGAAGGUGAAUACAAUUGUGGACUCACUUUGUGUACACUUCUCUUCUAUGGUGUAUGCUUAUGUACUGGAUUUGUUGGCAACACAUAUAUCUCUGCAUUCAAAUGAAGACUCCAGCUCUCAGUCUACCCUUGUUCCUGUUAACGUGACAUCAAGAAAAUCGACAUAUCCAAGAACGUAUAUGUGCUCCAUCAUUGCAAAUCUGAAGGAUGUCAAUUUUCAUAUUGAUCUUGAAAGUGAUAAAGAAAGUAACUGCAGUAUGGUGUUCAAACUACAAGACUUGGACAUCAAGUAUGCUUUAUUGGAUGUGAAGCAAUGUAUUGCCUCCACAAGGGGCUUGAAAGUUAUCAUAUAUUCACAAAACUUUGAGAAAGGAGGUAAAGUACUAUGUUCAUCUGGCGAGCCUUCGUCAUCCCAUCAUGAACAUAAAUAUUACCAGUAUACCUGCCUAUGUAAUCACAGAGAGAAUAGCUGUGAAAAAUGUGCAUCUGUUGUAGACUGUUUUUUCUUGCACUAUGAAGAAUCGAGGAAGUUGGGCAUUAUUGGCAGCAAAUAUGCUUUAUGUUUGAAAGAAAUUGAAUUACACUGUUACCCUUAUUUAGUUGGACUACUGGUGGAAUUUUCGAAAAAGUUACAAAAGGACACUCAUAGUUUUCUUGAGAAAUAUGGAAAUUACGAAGAUGUUCAAGAUUUGAAGCCUAUGCAAUCUUUCUCCUUAAAAAAAUAUAGCUUCUCAAACUUCUUUGAAGCGGAUUCCUUUAAAUGGGCAGGCAAUCCCUUGCAGUGCUUUCCAUUUGUAAGAAAUACUCAUUCAUUCAUAAACCACGAGAGUUCAAAUGUAUGUGAAAUUCCUGAAUGGAGCAAUAUGGAUGCAGCUGCUGCUUCACAGGGUUCUGUUGAGUUUGAUAUACUAGUUGACUUGUCAAUUAGCAGAUUUCUAGUGCAGUUUCAUGAUUCCUCAUGCACCAUUGCAACAAUUAAUGUUCCUUCUUCCAGAUGUUCAAUCCUAAUUAGCGAUGACUGUUUUGAUAUUCUGUGUUCAAUGGAGGGGCUAGUUUUGACUUCUUCUUGGUGGAAUCAGAAUAUCCACAACUUCCUUUGGGGUCCCAGAUCACCACAUAUUUCUUCCAUAUUAAACACAAGGACAAGAAAUUUGAAAAAAUCUCCUACAGGAACACAAUUGGAAAUGAGCUUCAGCAUCCAAAAUGUGUUAUGUACUUUGCCACCAGAAUUUCUAGCUGUCAUAAUUGGUUAUUUCUCACUGCCUGAUUGGAGUUUCAGCACAAAUGAACAGCCUAUGAGUGAUAGUAGCCACUUGAAUUUGGAAAAUGAAAGUGCGAUUCUAUAUAAGGUUGAGAUAUUGGACACUGUUUUGCUAACACCAGCAAAAGACCAGUUUCUAAGCCUUCAAAUUCCAAAACUGUUCUGUAGUUUCAUCCCUCCGAGCAUUCCUAAUGAUGUACUGGAGGGAAUUCCUGAUAAGUGUUCUGUUGACACACAAAAAAUUGCUGAAGGAAAUUACUGUCUAAAUGUGUUUGGACACGACUUAUCACUAUCAUUGUUAUUGAACGACGAUGGACUUGAUGCAUCCAUGGUUAACCAAGACAAUGGUUACGGGACUAUUUGCUUAAUUGCACCAAUCAAUACUGACUUAUGGGUUAGAAUACCAUAUGAAACUGAGUUCUCAUCUGUUGGAUCACCCUCUUCAACAUGCAUUAUGGUCAGGAUUACCAGUGCUCAAAUUAUGGCUACAGAUUAUUUGUCCAUUGGAUUUGGAGCAUUAAUGGAAGUUAUAGACCAUUUCUCCACUAUUGAUUCAGAUUCGAAGUGUUACACAUCUGAUAUUGAACAUUUUCUUCACAUCAGGAAAACAAAGGACUACGGUUCAUCUCAGCUUGAGGCAUCAGCAACAACCUUUACUGAAAUAAAAUGUUGCGUUGAUUUACUAUCUGUCAGAUUAUGCCACCUAAAAAAUGAUCUAACCAAUUCAGAAGAAGUUGCCAAGGCUGAUAUCCAAUUCACAUCCUCUGCUUCCCUAAGAGAAACUGCCCCUCUUUCCAUUGAUACUUCUUUGACUAGAAUAGAGUUGUUUUCUGGCCAUGAUCGUGUUAAGUUAGCAGAGAGCAUUUCAUCAGUUGACAUUCAUUUCUCACCCAUUCAUCCAUUUGAAAAUCAGAUUCAUGUUUCAAUCCCCUCUCUAGAUGUUUGGUUACACAUCUAUGAAUGGACUCAGAUCAUUGAUGUACUCAACUCUUUCAACAUGCACCAGGCCAAAAUCCCAUCAGUAACUAAUUCAGUAUUGAUUGCCCAGGAUAUUGAAUAUGCAGCAGUUGAUGCAACAGAUACCUCUUCAAUACCUUUGUGCUUGGAAAAUGAAUGCAAAGUUGAAGACACAAAAAGAGAUAUCCUUAUUGUGAAGUUAGAAAAUGUCUGUGUGAAAACUCAUGUUCCUAUCUGGAUGAGUGGUGAGGCCUUCAGUAUAUUUUCCAAUCAUGAUUCUCAGGGGAAGUUUCAUUCUGGAUUGGACAAAGAAAUGCAUUGCAAUUUCAUUGUUAUUGAUAUGGAAAGCAGAUAUAGUGAAAUAGUCGUGAAUGAUGGAACUGUGAAAAUGAAAGUGCACUUGGACAAAGUAAAUGGAGAACUGCAGAUGUGCAAAGAAAAUAAUAUCCAGACAUGGCCCUUUAUUUACAUAUCUCAUCUAAAUAUAGAGUGGGGGAUAUGUGAGAACAAACUAGGGCUUAUUCUGAAUGCAGAUAUUCUUUUUGACACCUUAGAUGUAUGGCUUUCGUACCAUAUCUUCUACUUCUGGCAGUUUAUAAGCUUCAAACUUCCAGAAGGCGGGUCUUCUGAAUUUAUGUUCAAGAACAUUGAUCUAACAGUGCAACUGAGGAAGAUUUCUAUUAUGCUGACUGAUGGAAGGUGGAGCUCUGAGGGACAUUUGCUUGAGAUGCUAAUAAGAGAUUUAGGUGUAGAAGCCAGUUUGACUGAGAACAAGGUGGAGAUUUUGAUUGCAGGUGAUCUUCGAGUAAACUAUAAUAAUAUUAAUAAGGUCUUGUGGGAGCCCUUUGUUGAGCCAUGGAAAUUCCAGCUAAGUAUCAACAGAAUGCAACAGAAAAAUGCUCUAUUAAACAGUGCAAUAAUGACAACUGUCAACAUUGUUUCCAUUGCACAACUGAAUCUCAAUGUCACAGAGUUCCUUAUUGAGGCUAUGUUCAGGACUGUUGAGAUGAUUAAGGAUGCUUGGGGUAUCUCAGGCCACAUGCUGUAUGAACCCCAGAGAUUCUUAAAUUAUCAAGAUUUAGAAAAUGUUUAUUCCGGAAGAUAUGCCCCAUACAUAUUACAGAAUUUGACCUCACUGCCCCUUCUCUUCCAUGUCUUGCAUGACCCAAUACGAUCUGAGGAUGCUGAUGUAUCAGCAUUCAAAGAUGAGAAUCUUGUCCAACCUGGUAUCUCAAUUCCAAUAUAUAUAGAUGAAACUCCUGAGGAACGACUUCCCCGCUAUAGGUCUCAUUCUUCUGACAGAAUCAAUGACAAGCAAUUCAAUGGGAUAGGGCAUCAUUAUGUUGUUGUGCAAUUUUAUGGGACGUCGAGGCCUUCUAGUCCAAUUUCUAUGGAUCGUGUGGGCCUCAGCUGCAUUGAGAUUGAUUUCUCAAAAACAUCAUCAAAAUUGGAGUCUCAGGAUACUUGGGAUGGUCCAAUAGGUAACAAAAAUACUGAUGGGAUUAGCAAAGCAGAUUCUAGAGGUAGCUUGAUAAUUCCUAUUAUAUGUGAAGUUUCAGUACAGCGAUGUUUUAAGAUGGUGCAAUUGUACUCAACUGUGAUACUCUACAAUACAACAUCAGUACCAUUUGAAAUACGGUUUGAUAUCCCAAUUGGUGUGUCCCCAAAGAUUCUUGAUCCUGUAUAUCCUGGUCAAAAGUUGCCUUUGCCUGUACAUUUGGCUGAAGCUGGUCAGAUGAGAUGGCGUCCUCUUGGUCAAACUUAUCUUUGGAGUGAAGCUAAUAACAUUGCAAACAUACUCUUCCAAGAAAAUAGAGCGGGAUUCCAGCGUUCCUUUGUUUGGUAUCCCUCUCAUCCGAGCAAUGAUCCAUUUUGGUGUUGUAUAUCUGUUCAACAUGUGUACUGUUCUUCACAUCAAUCAGCUGGAAAUAGCUGCAAAACGUCUAAUCACGAGAAGCUAGAAAAACACUGUAUACACCAAUUGACUUUAUGUAGUCCACUGGUGGUGAAAAACUGUCUCCCUAAAGCAGUUUCUUUGACUGUAAACACUGGUGGUGUUAGUAGUACAACAUUUCUUCAAGAGGUUGAUACUUCUUUCUUUCACAUUGAUUCCUCACAUGAUCUGGAUAUAUCUAUCCAUUUGCCUGGGUUUAACUCUUCAAGCCUUAAGUUUCCACGCACAGAAGUAUUUACAGGAACAGCCAAGUUCAGUGGGACAAAAUUUUCCCUGUCAGAAAGCAUUGUUUUUUUCAGUGAACAAACUUUUGGUCCUAUUCGUGUCUCUGUGGAAAAGAUUAUGGAUGCAUUCUCUGGAGCUCGUGAAAUAUAUAUCUAUGUUCCUUUUCUGCUGUAUAAUUGCACUGGUUUUUCGCUGAGUGUGUUGGAUUCUUCUGAAGAAAAUAAAGGACAUGAAUGCAAUAUUCCGUCUUGUUAUGACAUAGAAGAGCAGAUGCUACAUUUAGGUAGGAAAGAUGGUGUGAAUCUUCUAACUUCUUAUUUCAACCCCAAUGCAACAUUAUCACCAAACUAUACUCUGAAAGAAUAUUCAUCAAAAGAGUACAUGGUUUCAACCAGAAUGAAUCUGAACCCAAAAUCCAAGAAACUUCGUAAUGAACACAUAAUGCGAUCUGGUCCAUCCACAAUUCAUCAUUCUUAUACAGAUUUGCUGAACUUAGAGGAAGGCCUGGAGAGCUCAACAAAUGAUGCUUUGAAACAGUCAAGUUCACACUCCAAAUUAAAUAUUGGAUUUUCCAAUAUCAGGGAAACAAAAACCAGAAUGGUUGAACCCUGCAUGUACUCACCGAGUCCUAGUUCAGUUCAGACGGAAAUAAUGGUUCGAGUCUCUCAGUGCUCGCCAAAACAUUCUUGGUCUAGUCCUUUCCCUCUUGUUCCACCUACUGGUUCAGCUAAUGUCAUCAUUCCUCAGUUUUCCACAAAUGCUGCACAUAUAGUAUCUGUUACAUCAAGUGCAGUGGUUGGACCAUUUGCAGGAAGAACAAGGGUCGUCACCUUUCAACCAAGAUAUCUAAUUUGUAAUGCAUGUACCAAGGACUUGUUUUUCAAACAGAAGGCAACCAAUGUUCCUAUUACUUUGGGGAUCGGGAAACAUUCACAUAUUCAGUGGACAGAUACAACACGAGACCUCCUGAUUUCCAUUCGCUUCAAUGAACCUGGAUGGCAAUGGUCAGGUUCCUUUCUGCCAGAGCAUCUUGGUGAUACUCAGGUGAAAAUGCGGAACUAUGUAUCAGGUGCCUUAAAGAUGAUACGUGUUGAAGUGCAGAAUGUUGAUGUCUCCAUUCAAGAUGAAAAGAUAAUUGGGAACCUUCAUGAGAAUUCUGGAACAAAUUUGGUUCUCUUAUCAGAUGAUGAUACUGGGUUUAUGCCCUAUAGAAUUGAUAAUUUCUCAAAGGAGAGGCUUCGAGUUUACCAACAAAAGUGUGAGGCAUUUGAAACUAUUGUUCAUUCAUAUUCCUCAAGCCCUUAUGCUUGGGAUGAACCAUGCUACCCUCAUCGACUCACUGUUGAGGUGCCCGGCGAGCGUGUGAUCGGUUCCUAUUCACUUGAUGAUAUGAAAGAGUUCAACCCAGUACAUUUCCCAUCAAGCUCAGAGAAGCCCCAACGAACUUUAUUUGUAUCUAUUCAUGCUGAAGGAGCUAUCAAGGUUCUCAGCAUUGUUGAUGCAAGUUCCCACAGUUUAAGUGAUGCGAAGUUUCCACGUGACCCUCAAGUCAAAGAAAGGAAAAAAGAUUAUGAAAAGCCAGAAGCUUCAGUGGGGUGCAGGGAAAUGAUAUCCAUUUCUAUCCCUUUCAUUGGUGUUUCCCUUAUGAACGCAUAUCCACAGGAAUUGGUGUUUGCUUCUGCAAAGAACAUAACCAUUGAUAUUCUUCAGAAUCUGGAUCAACAAAAGUUUUCUUUCACAAUCCAGUCAUUGCAAAUUGAUAAUCAGUUGCAAAAUAGUCCAUACCCUGUCAUUUUAUCAUUUGACCGUGGAUAUCGAAGAAAGCCUGUUAACAAGAUAAGACAUAACGAGGAGAGUAUAAAAAUGAUUACUGAAGGCGCAACACCGAAUACAUCAGAAGCUCAAUGCGAACCUGCUUUAUACUUUUCGGCAGCAAAAUGGAGGAAUGAUGACAAUUCACUGGUCUCCUUUGAGUAUAUUAGCUUGAGGACGGCUGAUAUUUGCCUGGAGAUCGAGCAAGAAGUCAUACUUGGGUUGCUGGAUUUCUUUAGGCUCAUAUCUUCAAGAUCUAGGAGUGGAGUUUUGACCUCUACAAGUUCCACCUUGCUUCCUUUCAACUCAACUAGCAUACAAUAUGAAGCAUCAGUACUUGCUGAAGCUUAUGCAUAUGGUGAAGGGAACUGGCAUCAAAAUCAUUCAGCAGAUUCCAAAUCUUCAGAAAAUUACAAAAGAAACUUCGCUUUGCCCUUGGUAGUCCCCAUUGGAGCUCCAUGGCAACGAUUUCAUUUAUUUGCCAGAAGAAAAACAAAACUAUACGUUGAAGUAUUGGACGUUUCCCCCAUAAUGUUGACCUUAAGCUUUUCCAGUACCCCUUGGAUGCUUAGGAAUGGGAUUCUUACUUCAGGGGAGUCUCUCAUCCAUAGAGGUCUUAUGGCACUUGCGGAUGUUGAAGGAGCCCAAAUUAAUUUGAGACAACUUACUGUUGCACAUCAAAUGGCAAGCUGGGAAUCCAUUCAAGAGAUUUUUGUCCGACAUUAUGCUCGUCAAUUUCUUCAUGAGAUAUUCAAGGUUUUUGGUUCUGCUGGAGUAAUAGGAAACCCUAUGGGAUUUGCACGUAACAUGGGCCUUGGUAUCAGAGAUUUCUUAUCAGCUCCUGUGAAGAGCGUUUUUCAGAGCCCUACUGGUAUUUUGACAGGCAUGGCUCAAGGAACGUCUAGUCUUCUCAGUAAUACUGUUUAUGCUGUUAGUGAUGCUGCCACCCAAUUCAGCAGGGCGGCCCACAAGGGUAUUGUUGCAUUUACAUAUGACGAUCAAUCAGCUGAAAAAAUGGAAAAGCAACAAAAGGGUAUUCCUUCACACAGCAAAGGUGUAAUCAAUGAAUUCUUAGAGGGGCUAACUGGUCUCCUCCAGACACCAAUUAAAGAAGCUGAGAAACAUGGGCUUGCAGGAGUUGUCUCAGGAUUUGCCCUAGGGGUAGCAGGAGUUGUAGCUAGACCAACUGCCAGCAUCCUCGAAGUAGCUGGGAAAACUGCACAAAGUAUCAGAAACCGGAGCAAGCUCCACCAAACAGGGGGAUGUCAACGUCUUAGGGUUCGUCUUCCCAGGCCCUUAAGCCGAGAACUUCCCUUAAUGCCUUAUUCUUGGGAAGAAGCAAUUGGAGCAUUUAUCCUUGCAGAAACUGAAGACAGCUUAGUUCUCAAGGACGAGACACUUGUCCUCUGCAAACCCCUUAAACCAGAAGGUAAAUUCACAGUCUUCACAGAAAAGCGUAUAUUGGUCAUUAACUGCCUGAGUUUGGCCAAUAUUGGGAACUCUGAUUUUCCGGGUGUCCCUGCCAGUCUUGAUUGGAUGAUAGAAGCCGAAAUAUUGAUGGAUAGCAUUAUCCAUGCUGAUUCAUCGAAAGAUGUGGUUCAUAUUGUUGGAAGCAGUUCUGAUCCUCUCGUAAGUCAGAAUCAUCAAAACUUGCAUAAUAAACAAACCGCCUUCAGCUCCAGCUCUAGUUCUAGUACAAGGAAUGCCCAUAGUCCCCUCCCGUUUUAUCAAACUGACUUGCAGUUUGCAUUCGAGGAAGAUGCUAAUGAGUCGCUACAAAUUCUGUUCUCUACUAUUGAGAGCGGGAAAGAGCGAGGCUGGGGCCGCACUCAUAUUGUGCAUCAAAUCAAUCUUAGGUAGGUAGGUGUAAUUAUUUUUUGAUCAAAUUUGUUUAAGGAACAAGAAGAAAAAUAGGAAUAAGCUUCUUUAAUCAUUUAUAUGUACUCCAUAUGUGCAUUAAUGUACAUAUAUAUAUUUAUUGAUUGUUAGUUUUUCAAA